AUGUAGAGCGGGUACACGUAACUCUAUACAUGCGCAUCGAAAACGAAAAAGAAAGAGCAAACAAACAGGUAGUUAUUAUACAUUGUAUUGACAAUGGUUUAAGAUUUCAGAAGCCGAUGUUUAUAGUGGUUAACAGGUUUAUGAAACGGCUCAAAACAGAAAAAUGUCGGAGAUACCGGAACGCCACAGGAGAUUACAUUCACAAUUGUUACACGAUUGUAACUUUAAUGAUAAACUAAAUGAAACUCUUGAUGAUAUUGGUGUUAAUAAUGACAUGGUUCAGAGGCGAAGACAGAAUGCCCUUCUCCAUGAGAAUAUUGGAACAGUAAUGGCAAUGUUGAAAGGAUAUGAUAGGCCGGUGUAUAAUUUUGGUAGUCGCUCUGAAGGUACGACAACACUCGAUCUACAAUCAGAUGCCGACAGCCUUUACCGUGUACCAGGCAUAAACGUGGUACAAAGUUUGCAAGAGUUUGGACCAGAAGAUACUAAAAAUUACGCUAUAAAUCUCCUGAUGAUUCAAGGUGAUGAUAUUGCUCCUGGAUACUGUCAUCUUGAAGUGAUUAAUGAAGAUCUUAGAUUGUCAACCAUCGACGUUACGGAAGUAAAUGACCAUUACGUCAGAGGGAAAGAUGAUCGUAUCUACUACAAGAAUACUGUAAUGAAAGAUUUUAUGCCUGGAAAAGGUGAAAGGCAUGGGCCUUCCUGGGCCGAAGAGGGUCAAAUGGGAAUAACUGAUCAAGACACUGUUGCUGGAUUACACUGUAAAUCUUGGCCAUUCCAAGCAAGAGACUGGAUAAAUGAAAGUAAUCAAGUAGGAUGGCCAUCAGACACACUGAAAAGAAAAUGCAUGAAAUAUGGUUGUUUUGUUGUUCCUACCGGGAGUAGUCUAGGAAAAGAAUUUGAAUGGAGAAUUUCUACUUCCCUUGCGGAACGACAUCUUAUGUUUAGCCUCAACAUAGUACAACUAAGAUGCUAUGUACUAAUGAAAAUGUUGGUAAAAACCUUCAUAAAAGGAGGCACAAUUUCAAGCUUCAUGUGUAAAAGCGUUCUGCUACAAUGUGUAGAAAAUUCGCUGCCUUAUGAAUGGAAAGAAGCCAAUCUAUCACAAUGCCUAGAUAAAUGUUUGAAGAAAUUGAGAAGGUGCGUAGAUGAAGAAAACUGCCCUCAUUUCAUAAUACCAACAAAUAAUUUGAUGGCUGGCAAAUUUUUGGAGACGGUAAAGUCAGAUAUACUUAAAAUGUUAGGAUACGUCAUAAGCUACACUCGCCUUGUACUAGCUAAUGUAAUAACACUAGAUGAUCUAAAUAUAAGGUUAAGCAACAAACUCGGCUUAUCCACUGAUCCUUGCUCUAUGACACCACUCCAAAUAAGUAGUCAUUUGAAAGCAGAACGCUUAUUGGACACUGCCGUAAUUUUGCGUGGUUACCAAAAAAUACAUCUCAGACAUACGUGUAUGUAUUACAAAAAUGAAGAAUCGCAGGAGGAUUUUCAAAGACGGUCUCUCAGAACUCUUGACCAACUAACAAACAAAGAAGAUGAAAUUAAAAGAGAGGUUUACACACUUGUGUCACCGUUUCUGUCAUCCUUAUUGGGGUCUUUGCAAGCUGCUCGCGUUGAAAAGGACUCUGAUAUUUCAAAACUGCUUGAAGCAGAGGACUUGCUCAUUCAAGGUUGUGAUUCUGAUGUUUCCUCGGGCAGGCUUAAACUUGCCUCAUAUUUUUAUUGUUCAGGAAAAAUAGAAAGUACAGAAUCUAUACUGAAUGAAACCGAGGGUAAGUACGAUAGAACUUUAGUAAUACCUAUUUGUAGAUGUUAUCAUGGGCCGAUGGAUAAUGGAAGCGUAAACGUCGCCAAGUUUCAAGAAGAGAGAAAUCAGGGGGUGAAGAAUACAGUAGCGUUUUGUGUUAUAUUUCUCCCAGCUGAGAUUAAAUGGAUACCCAAAGAAUUGCAAUAUGAAUUGUAUCGGAUGACUAGUGAGAAACCGGGAAAGAGUGAUGAGGUAACCUGGAUGGAUUGGGCUGUCGUUGAUUCCCUCCCUUACCUUCAUUUCCUACAGUACAAAGUUAAUAAACAUUUUCACGAUGAAGGCGGUGAGCAAAGGGCGUUAUUAGAUAUGGAACAGUCAAUUGACAGAACACGGAACCUUUGUCACCGAGAGACAGCAUUAAACCUGCUUGGUCAGUGUAUGGAACAGAAUAAUCAACCAAUAAAAGCUUUGCAAUGCUUCUCAAAGUCACUGAGUUUGCAACCAAGAAACAAUGCAGCGAAAGUGCUCAUUUGCAUUUGCCUUGCAAGCCUGUUUCAGAAUAAAGAUGAAGUCACAAAAAUAAUAUAUCAACGAAAAAUGGAGCAAAACUAAUGGAUUUGAAGACUGUAGCAUCACAAUACUUCUACAUGUUCACAUAAAUAUCAAAACUAUGUCGAUUGAAAAAUUAAAAAGAAAGUAUGGUAAAAUAUGUUCAUGGAAUGAAUUUCAAAUAAUGGUUUUAUUGUAAUCACGCAUAUUAAUUGUACUGUUUGACUGUACUACAGGAAAAUAUAUAUACGGUAUGGUACAUGUUUAUGGAGAAUGGCAUAAAAAGGAAAAUAUUUAUUCUUCUCUGCAUCGUCCCUCUGUUAUUCUUUAAUGUUAUUAUGCAUUUAUUCAAAGCGGUCGGGAUGUUGUCAAACUUUUACUAUUUGAUCUUCAAAAAAAAGAUCACCUGGAUGAAUCAGAUACCGAACAAAAGUUUUUUUUUUAAAACAAUGUCUGUUCCACGCCUUAAAUGACAGACGAAAUAACUUUAAUUUACCCGGAUGUAAAUGCACUGCAAAAUCUAAUCAUAUUGCGUAAUCAUAUUCAUGCAGGGUUCCUUCCUAAUGAAAUUACAGGUGAAUGUAACUUAAAAAGAAACCAACCCAUUCCAUGUUUUAUUACAACAGUGUUAUUGAAUAUCGACGACGGGUAUAUAAUUGCCGCCAUGUCGGUUUCGGUAUUGCUGUCCACAGAGAUGUCAAAAUUCAAGCAAAACGUGGUGCUCAAAAGGUCGAACACUAUCAAAUAAAUUCAGAUGAUAUAAGCAAUGUGUUUGAAAAAAAAAUGUUAUCCCUAAUACACAAUAAAUUAUGACUGUGAACUGUGAAAUAAUCAAACAUUGAAUGAGUUUAGAAACUGAAGAAAAGUGUGUAUGUUUGUAUGCCAAACGUAUACAAGACUUCAGUCAAGGAAAAAGCAUGGAUAUCGCAAUCAGUUUGAUAUGUUGAAAAAAGAAAAUAACCUCCUCCCGCGUUAAAUAAAUGAAAAAGAUAAUGAAAAAAAAAACUAUGAACAAAGAGAUAUUCCGGCAAGACAAUUUUCCAAUCUCAUAUUUCAGUUUUAUUAAUGAAAACUUUACUAUUAUAUAGGAUUCUUAUCUGAAAUAUUUAUAGUCCAUAUAUUAUAUAAUUUAGCAUGGUUACCUAUGCAAUAAAUGCAAAAUCACGUGUUUUUGCUUCUAAAAAUAGAAAUCGUUUUCCGGUUCUGUGAUUUGAGAAAACAUGUUUGAAGACAUAGACUUUAUAGGGACCUUAAACUUGAUAAAGUCUACAAAAUGCAAGGGCUAACUUUGUGUAUAUAAAAAGGAAAAGAAAUUGACAGGUGCAUCAUAUGUCCUUAUAAUGUUAAGUUCAAACAAGAAAUAUACAUGUGUGCUAAGAUGUCCAUCUAACAUCAACAAAACAUCACACCGUUUAAACAACUAAAUUAUCUUCAAUGUUGUUUAUUUCAAUAUCUUAACAGGACGUGCAUUACGCCGGAAAAAUUGACACCAUGAUGGAUGCACAAUAAGUGUAUAUGUAAAUCAUGAUGCAAAUUUAUGUGCUUAUCCUGUAUUUGAAUUAAUGUGUGUAUAUAUACAAAUGAUUAUUUUAUUAAGUUUACAAUAUUUUACUGACUUUUAACUUUAAAUAGUAGUAAUACAUGUACAAUGGCAAGGUGAAAUAUAUAAUUGACAACAAUAAUGAUUAUAUUGUAUGAGAUUGGUACAAAGCAGCAGAACUUUCAUCAGAAUCGGCUAGCGCCUUGUGAAAAUAUAGUUCUUACAGCUGCCGUGCUCCUUUCUAAUAGGAUUCAGUAUUGUACCCAACAGUGUAUGGGUAUCACAUAGUAUUGGAUACAGAAGGAUAUUAUUUAUCAUUGUAAUGUUAGCAUACAUGUAUUUAGUUUAUGACAUGGACAACACAGUUUAUUGUUGAACUUCCCUGAUUUUCGAUAACUUCCUCAUUCGUAAUUAUACUUAGUAUUUGAUCACUAGUGUUUUUUCACAGAUUUUACUAUAACUUCCUUAUUCGUGAUAUUACUAAGGCUUUGAUCACAACUUAGCUUUUUUAUUAACUUCCUUAAUCGUAUUUUAACUUGCAAUUCUUUAAUCACAAAUCUAAUAAUAACGUCUGGUCCUUACUUCGUGCUUGUGUGAUCUAUUUGUAUUCGUGAACCUGCUGGGUUUCCUGCAUGUGGUCCUGUGAUACUGACAUUUUUCGGGGGCUAUUUUUAGUUAAAUGCGUGUUUUCUUUGUUGAUAUUUGCUCUUGUAGUCUGUUUAAGUCUGGUAUCUGAAAACUGAAUACUCAUUAUUGAGUAUAUAUCCCCUUCACCGUUAGACUUGUACACUGAAACAAGCAUUUCAAUUCACGAUAAUUUAUACUUUCCCCCUUCAUCAAUACUUACACUUAUAGUGUGUGAAGAAAUAUUAAACCAUAUCAUAUGUAAUCUAUAAAUCUAUAAUCUAUUAAGAUAUAGAUAUAUCACUGAUUUUUUAUGUAUACUCAUAUAUUGUUUUAUAUGCAUGUUGAGUUAUUAAUGUUCAAUACAAUAGUGACAACUAGUGUAGCAAAAAUCGCUUGUUGUUAGUUUAAAAUAGAAUGAACGAAGUUAUAUUUGUUUUCUCCAGACAGAGUGUUAGUUUCUUCAGAAAAUUUGGUAGCUUUCAAAAUAUCUAAAGCAAUGUACGCGUAAGACUACAGGCAUGGGGAAAAAGGAUAGUUUAUAACUUUUGAAAAUGAAAAAGACAUAUUGUUUAGAAAGCUGAAUGUGUUUUUAUUUAUAAUCAAGUACGACUAAACUUUUAUUAUUCUUAUCAUAGAAUCACUGUGACAAAAUGAAAGAAAACCGAUUUCUAUCAUUUAAGUGACAAGACUACUUCCUUCACGACAAAGCGGGCUUGACAAGUAAAUAGCAUAUAUUUCGUUUUAGUUCUGAUUUAAAGUUGAUUUCAUUCUAGACGUAACAUCCACUUUUAACAGAUUGAUGUUUAAAAUGAACAUAAGAGGCAAUAGCAUUAUUUACUAUAUUCAUGCAAGAAUUCAUCAAAUUUCUGGAAAGUUGAUAACCCCCAUAUGAACACAUCUGCGGAUGUUUGAAACUUCAAAACUGUACCAGAUCAUGUUAAAUGUUGAAUAUUGCUGAAGCCGUAAUAGGGUCGUGGACGGUAGCUUGCAAUUACCACUACCGUCUUUCAACAGCCUCAAUGAAGCCGAGCCUGCAACAUUUUCCUUUUGUUUCAAUUAAUAUUGUUACCACACAUACGUGAAAUGUUAUAUAUGUAUAUAAGUAUGCUUCUAAAACAAUUUUAAUACGUCGAAGAAUAUAUAAAAUACAUAAUGCAAAUAUUUGUCGACAUCAUAUGUUAUCAUAAAAAUGCAUGCAUCCAGUAAUUAUUUAAAAAAAUGAUUUAGACUUUAUAGAAAAUACAUGUCUAAUUACCUCCUAUUAUUAACAUGAAAAUGUAAAUUUGGUAAUAUAUUUACAAAUAAUGUAUUUUGGAACCUACAUUAUUUAUAAUAAUGAUAUUCGUUGAACGCCACCCUUCCGUGUUGAUCUUGUUUAUCAUAUUUUAUAUUUUGUGUGUGUUAUCCUUGGUAUAGCUAUGCACUACAUGGAUCAUAUUACAUUUUUGUAUGCAGCAUCUUGGUUUAUGCAUGUAUGCAUCAUGUGUUGUUUUUAACCAUCUAUGUUCCAUUGUAACAUACUGAAAUUAAUCUACCGAUCUACUAGGAAGUGCAAAACAUGUGUGCCCUUUAACGUGGGAGUUUGAGCUUUUUUGGUAUUUUUUUUGCGUGAAACACGCAAUACUGAAAAAUCCUAUUCUUUUCCGAACAAAUUCUGAUCUUUAAAUAAAGCAUUAGCUUUACCCUGAUAUAAAAUAUGCCGAGGGUUACAUUGCAAACAAUCGUUUAUAUACUAGGUCAUACAUGUAUAACUUGUCAGGAAUAUUUAUAACGAAUUUGAAUUACAGCAAAUUUCCUCAUUUAGACUAUUGUCCGCUACAGCGCCGUUAUGUUUCUUAUUCCGAAUUGAAAAUGGACAUUAAAGCCGAUUAAUAUUCUAUCAUUUUUAAAGAAAUCAUUAAGAUGUAAUUGUGAAUAAUAAUUGAAAAAAUACAUGACUCAAUUUGACUGAGUUCUGCUGUUUAAUCUUUCCCAAUGAUCUCUUUUCCAGAUAUAAAUUAGUAUUCCAAACCGUCAACGAAUGUUAACCACUUAUUUAAGGUCAAUCAGGUAACAAUCUGUCAAGAUGGCGGCGGGGUGCUAAAUUUUACAAAUAUCUGAAACUUUUAGGUUUAUUUUUAUAUUCCAAAUAGGGCUUCAUUAUAAAUACUUUGCUUACCACAUUGAAUAUAUCGUGGUAUCGGGAUAAACUUCUAGUUAUAUUGCUUAUUGACGGGAUAUAUAAAGAUAACGCCUGAUUCAUAUAUAACAUGACUCAUAUAUAUAUUACACUAUUCCUACUUUUUGAGGUAAUGAUAUUUGAUUCGCAACAUAUGCAAUAAAGAAUAAAACUCAAUAUUUAAGUGUAUGAACACACGUGUAAAGGAUGUGGCACUACAUUGAUAUUUAAGCGCGACCCGGUUCUUUCCAAAAAGCAUUAAUUGUGAAGAUAUUACCGAAUUUACAUUUCAUAUGAAUAAAGGGAGGCAAUUAGAAAUUUAUUUUCUUUAAAGUCUAAGUCGAAUUUUCCAAUAAGAACUGAAUGCAUAUAUUUUAAUGAUUAGAUAUUAUGUGUACAAAUAUUUGCAGUGCAUAUUUAACAUAUUCUUCGAUGUUUGAAAAUUGUUUUAGAAGCAUAAUUAUAUAAAUAAAAUUUCAUUUAAGUGUGGUAACAACAUAAAUUACAACAUACAGGAUCCUAAAAUAUCCACUCAACGUUUACGUGCACG